AUGAUUGACACCGCCACCACAUUACCACCCAACCCCUCAUCAGAUUCUCCACCUCCGCCAUCAUCAUCAUCAUCAUCACCACCGCCGCCGCCGCCGCCGCCAGGGGCCCCAGUAGUCGACUUUGCAGGUCUAGCCCAUGACUCUCUUGUGGUCAAUAUCAUUGCCUCGGCUUCGAUAUGUUGGUUCAUCGCAGCCCUUUUUGUGGCCCUCCGAUUUUACACUAGAGGGGUCCUGAUCAAAGUGAUUGGGGGCUCAGACUGGAGUAUACUUGUUGCCUUGAUAUUCGCUGGCGCAACAUGCGGAGGGGUGAUUGAACAAGCAACACACGGUGCAGGUCAGCACGUCUGGGAUCUUGACCCCAACGAUACCCCCUCGGCGAUUGCCUGGGGCCGGGCGGCCUGGUAUGGCAUCUUGUUCUACCUCAUCACGCUUUGCUUCUCCAAAAUCAGCAUCCUGCUGCUGUAUAUCCAUUUGUUCACCUUUAAGUGGGCGAGGUUGGCGGGGCAGAUCCUGCUCGGGAUUGUGAUCAUCACGCACCUGUUCAUGGCGCUGGCGACGUUUACGGCGUGUUUACCGCUGAAUAGCUAUUGGGAUUUUACCGUGGAGAAAAAGUACUGCCAUGCGCAGAUGACUGACUUUUUGAUCUUUUUGUUGCCCAUGCCGGUUGUCUGGUCCAUCCGCCUCCCUCGCCGUCAGAAGCUGGCAUUGUCGGGGGUGUUUGGUUUUGGGUUCUUGGUCUGUUUUAUUUCUAUCCUUCGACUGAUGCAGCUUAUUCGGGUUCAGACCGACCUUGAUUUCACCUACGCCGCCGCCGAGCUCAGCUAUCUUACCGCGGUUGAGGUUAACGGUGCUAUUGUUUGCGCCUGUGUCAUGACGUUGAAACCUUUUAUCGCCAAGUUCUUCCCUGGGCUUCUCAGCUCGAGGGCAUCGGGAUCGUCGAAUGGGCAGAGUGGUGCGGGGGAUAACAACCAGUAUUAUAAUUACGCGGAGGGGCGGAUCAACGGACGAGGGCCUCCUACGAUUGGAAGCAGGCCGUCAAAGGGAGUGCGGAAUGACUUGGGGCCGUUGGCCAGUCCGACGGAUUUGCAGUAUGGAUUCCAGGGAUUGGGGUCGUCGGGGGAGGAGUCGGAGAACUUUCAGGAAAAGGGAGGGAGUAGGAGGAACAGCAAACAUUGGCUUGGGGUGGUGGAUGGGGGAGCGAUGGGGGUGAGGGGGAAUCAUGAUCGGUAUGUGGAGAUUAGGGAUGGGACGGAUUCUGGGUGGGCAGUGGAUGUUGAGAGGGGGAAAAGCUUGAGUUCUAGUCCUGUCAGCCCGAGGUCUCCGGUUAGCAGGAGUCGGCCGGGGGAGGAUGCUCGGAUGGAUUAUAUGCUCAGGACGGGGAGGUUAAGUCCUGGGGCUGCGGUGCCGGAUGACAGGAUUAGGGUUGAUACGAGGGUUACUAUCACAAAGGAGUAG